GUAUACGUUUAUUUAUCGGGAAUGCUGAAGUCGCUUGCUGCUCUUGGUUUGCGUUAUAGCUCGAAUGCAAAACUUCCCCAUGGGCAGCAACUAAGUAAUGUAACGAAAAUUUGUUUCUCUCCGUUGCCCGAGGUUUCUAAAUGGCUAGUACCGGUUCAGGUGCAAUACAUUGAAAAUGGAAAAACAAAGAUGUGCGAUAUAUUUAAAGUACACGAUAGUGUGUCUAUAGUCUUGUACAAUAUUUCAAGACAGAAGCUUAUUUUUGUCCGUCAAUUCCGGCCAGCUGUAUAUUAUGGCUUAAUAAUAAACAACUUUCGUGAGUUACCCAAGGAGGACAUUGAUUUAAUCCAAUAUCCGUACGAAUUGGGCAUGACGCUGGAGUCCUGUGCAGGUAUGGUGGAUAAAGAUAAAAGCUUGGCGGAAAUAGCUAGAGAGGAGGUUUUCGAAGAAUGUGGCUAUGAUGUGUCCGUGGACCGCAUUGAGGAAGUAAUGAACUACAGAUCUGGUGUUGGCUCUUCGGGUGCCAAGCAAGCGAUGUACUAUUGCGAAGUAACCGAUGCGGAUAAAGUUAAUAGCGGGGGCGGCGUGGAAGAUGAAUUGAUUGAGGUGGUGGAACUGUCACUGGAUGAGGCAAAGAAAAUGGUGCAGCAGGGCGCCAUCAAUAACAGCCCACCCAGCUGCCUAAUGGGUCUUCUGUGGUUCUUUGCAAACAAAGCUCCCGCAAAUGCCUAGAUCUUUUAUCAUCCGCUGUAAUCACGCAUUUGUGUUAUCUGCGUUGAUAACAUCUCCAUAACGAUAAUACUCUGCGCUGAGCCUUAGACGAUAAAUAUACAUACGGAGAACUUCA